AUGCGAGCUGAUGUUGAUGCUUCUGUGGCCAGCAAUGGUUCGGCAUUACUUCAAAUGGAGGCGGCAGACGCAAAUGUGGCUUUAAGGAGCAAACGGAAGAAGAAGAAGAGCAAACGGAAGAAGGCACUGUAUGACCAAUACCUUGCAGAUUCUGGCAGUGAAUGUUCAGUUGAGGUAUGUGAAGACGGAGAGGAGGCUUUAAAUGCGUAUGAAUGCGAAGAAUUCGAACCGGGUAUGGACAUUAAUAUUCUCAUUCAACAAACUGUGCAGAACGUUGUACAAAGCGUCAGUUUGGAGGAUUAUGAUGGCCUUUCGCGGUUUGGUGACUAUGAAUUAAUAUGCUUUAGCGCUGCAUUGAAGAACAACAGUUCUAUUCUCUCACUUCAAAUAAGAUACCUUGACGUUUCGGACACAUCACUUGUUCCACUAUGUCGGGCACUGGAGGUUCAUCCAUGUAUUCGUGCAUUGGACCUUUCUGGCACACGUGGUGGAAAUGCCAGCAUCAAGGCUGUAUUUCGUCUGGUUUGCACAAACCCAAGCAUUCUUUUUGUUCGGUUAGACGACACAAUGGUAUGCCCUCAGGAUGCUGAGGAUAUACGUCUUGCAACUCAAUACAAUGCACUUGCAUGCCCUGAUCCUGCUAACAAUCCAUUUCAUCUUGGUCUUUUACGUAAGAUUGGUGAUAUGGAGGAAGAAGAACAGAAGUAUAAGGAGCAGCUCUCAGCACAUCCUUGGUUAUUUGGUGAUCGUUCUAUUUCCCCUGGAAAUGGGCCAGCUAAAAAGAAAAAGGUUGGAUUUGCCGAGAAAAUGGCCAAAUCACGUAUUGGUGCUGAAAUUUGCGCUCAAUUUAUGAGUGGUCGUUGCACCUACGGGUCGCGUUGUAGGUACAUUCACCCAGAAAAAACUGCAGCUCUGCAGAAUGCUAUUACUGUAAGUCAAUAUAAAAUGUCACAGGAGUUGGAAAACGAUAGUAGAAGCUUAAAGAGUAGUGCCACUAUGUUUGGAUCUAGUUCUAGAAUGAGAUUACAGAGCAGACUUCGUCCAGUUAGUUUCUCACUGAAGAAAGAUGUGUCAGUGUCAACAUCGGCACUGACACCAGCACCAGCUGUUAUUGCUGCUAAAGUGGCCAAAUUGAAUGGUAAUGGGGAUGAUGUAUCCUUAUCGGAUGCCGCAUGGAUACGAUCUCUUUGGUUUUUUUCUGCUACUCUUGUCGUUUGUAGUGCCACAUUAGUUGUUUUUUUCUGA